UAGAUUCUUUAUAUUUAAAAUUCUUUUGUUUAAGUUUUAGAAAUUUUGUUGGUGCAUUUAGUAGCGGAAUUAUAAAAAGGAAACCAAAAGAAAAUGAGUGGGGCACUUGUGCUUGGGAAUUUCCUGCUUAUCUCCUUAAUGGUGAUGAUGACUAAUGGACAAUCCGGGAGCGGCCAAGUCUGUUAUGAAGGAUUCGCCAACUUUAAUCGAGGACCCUCGUUUGGGCUUUCAGUCGUAACUUGCGAUCCAGGCUCAGUGUGUGGUACACUGUAUAGUACUGCUAAUAUUGGUGGACGUAAUAUCAGUGGCGUACUGACGACUUGCCGACCAGAAAACCAAUGCUCGCAGUGCCCGGGCGCAGCAGAGACUUACAUACUUGGGAUAAAGUUUAACGCCACCUUCCAGGCUUGCAAUUCUUCUAAAUGUUGUGACGAAUAUCUUUGCAAUCUUCCAAAACCAAGAUGCCCGGCCAACCAAGUGUAUUCUACGUGUGCUGGUUGUGAUCGUACAUGCGCUGACGUUGGCCGUAACAUCCCAUGUCCUUCUGUGUGUCGACAGAAAUGCACUUGUCCACAAGGAAUGUACCUCGAUGGUGAAACUUGCGUGACAGCGGAUAACUGUCCAGGUUUGCCAGCUAUAAGCUGCCCACCAUUAGAAAGAGCAAACUGCUCAAAGGCGAUACGAUCGUUGUGGAUAUGCGAUUACAUUAAAUGGAGAAUCCACUCACGUAAAGUUUGGCUGCCAAGCUUCAACAAAUGGAGCGAAGAACACGGCAUACCAGUGUCCGUUCCAGAAUGCCCAACUUUAGAUGUGAAAUGCAAAGAUGGAUCCCAGGUUUAUUGGUAUACUGAUGCUCACCAAUGCUCUACACCAUACUGUGCGGGUGGAAGAUAUUCUUCCGGACCGACGGUUCAAACUUGGAAAAAGGAACACAAAAGCUGGACAAUAGUUUACGAGUUGUGGAAAUCAACUCCUUCUACUCCAAUACCGAUCGAUCAAAACUGCUAAGAUCCAUCUUCACUCUUACACUGCUUCAGUAUUUACUUAGAUUAAAACUUAUAAAUAUUCCCACAUACUUCAGUCCCACAUCAUGUUUGUAUAGAAAUAUUAUUAAAGGUCAUGAUCACAUUUUAUCGGUAUAGCAUUCAAUACUGGUGCAUUAUUUCAGUUAAACUUCAUAUAGUAGGGUGGGGAAAGACGGGACACCUUUACUACGGAAUAUCCUAAUAUCCUGAUCGUGUUUUAAACUAUUAACAACGAUCUAUGGGAGUCAUGAUAAUACAUAUUUAUAAUUCUUUGAAUGUUCUUUGUUUACAACCAAAUGCGACGAGAAAAUAGAAUAAAAAAGGGUGUCCUAUCUUCCCCCACCCUACUAUAUGUGAAAAAAGGUAAAAUUAAAAACACGUGUGCUUAUUUUAUAGUUGUAGCUACAUAUAGUUAUAUUAAUGUAUUAAUGCGUGUAGCAGAGUCCGUAGAUAAACAAUGUUCAUACACGGAGACUGGCUUGUAGAAAUGCAAUGUUUUGCAAAAGAAUACUGAAAAGUUAGUAAACUGAAUCGGCUGUACUCUGUUUUUACAGUGUAAAACCUGAUUGGUAGUUUUAUGAUUCAAAAAAUAUUUGUUGAAGAACGAAAGAUCACUGCUUUAGAUAAAUGUUUGUAGCUGCUGUAUCUGUUUAAUGCAUAAUAAAUGCUAAACAUUGCAAUAACGA